CAGCUGGAGCCCAGGAUGGCCGGCCUAGCCGGUUCCCUGUGCCAGGGCUCUGCUGGGACUGCCCUGUCUCCCCUGGGAGACCGCUGGGGCUGUGCCGAGCCGGCUGCUGCCCCCGCGAGUACUCGCCGGCCCAGCUGGCGUCUCUGGGGACGGAAACGUGCAGAGACACUUUCCAUUUCACAUCACGCCAGGCUGCGCGGGGGCGGGGGUGUUGCCGUGGCAGGGAGCCUGGAUGGAGCCCAUGAGAUGGCAGAGGGGGUCGUGUACGCCGACAUCCACUUCCCCCCACCAGCCCCACCAGCAGCCCUGCAGCGGCUCCCCUCCUCCCCCUGGCAGCGGGUGGCUCUCGGCCUGGCUCUCCUGUGCAUCCUGCUCCUGGCAGCGCUACUCGGCCUGGGCCUGCACCGGCAAGUGGGGAGCUGUGCCCCGAAGCUGAGGAGCAUGGAAGAGAGCCUCGAACACAGGAUGCAGCAGUGGGAGAGGUUCCUGGCAGGGCGGUGCCAGUUCUGCCCAGCCAGCUGGCUCUGGGACGCUGGGAAGUGCUAUUACUUUUCUUUGGCCAAGCAGGACUGGGCCAAGAGCCAAGAGGAUUGCUGCUCCCGAGGCGCCCAGCUUGUCACCAUCAGAGCCAACGCCACGCUGGCCUUCCUGCAGCGUGUGUCCAAAAGCAACACGUUCCACAUCGGGCUGAAGAAGGAACAUGCCAGGCUUGACUGGAAGUGGGUGGACGGCUCCGCACUGAACAGGCUCUUCCCAGUGACGCGCUCCACCGCCUCCUACCUGGCUUGUGGGAGGGUGUCGGGCCCUGGGCUGUCGGGCGGGUCGUGCACAGACCCCUGCCGCUGGAUCUGUGAGCAGAGUGCCCUCACCUUGCAGUGGGGCCACGGCUCUGCCCCUCCCACUUUCCUGGGGGGGAACACGACCUACACCUGCCUUGAUCCCCAGUGAGAGUGGCUGAGGGCCCAGCCCCGGGACCCUGCACCUGGUGACCUGCUCCCCUCUGGUCCUGGUGCUCCUGCCCUCCUGGGAGCCCAGUGAUCCAUGCACCCCCACGCUGCCGCCCGCCCCGGGGUCUGGGCUCCCAUGAGCCCGUCAGGCCCAUGCUCUGCUCCGUCCAGCGGCCCCCAGGUCCUGCCCAGGCCUAACCGUCAGAGCAAUCACCGGAUAAAGCCCCCGCUCUGCCAGAGCCAGAUUGUCGCUCUCUGGCCCCCCGACAGCUGCGCUCCUCUGGGGCAAUGCAGACCGCAGAGUCCAGGGCACAGCGCCUGAGCCGGGACCCGGCAUGCCCCGAUUUUAUCCCCAAAGGGGAAGGAUGCCAGAGGCUCCGUGAAGCCCCCUAAGGACCGUGCUGUCGCUCUAGAUUUGAUGGGAAGGCACCCAGCUGCAAUGGUGAUGGGCAGCAGCAGCCGGGGGGAAGCUGUUUCCCACACCCCACCUCUGUAAAGCUCACCAAUAAACCCUUAAAAUGU